AUGCACACCAUGGACACGAUGGGCUACGGCCACAAGAAAUAUCGGCCGCCGCUGUCGCCCACUAGCUUCUACCAACACGACUAUUACUCAAGACACACGACACUUCGCCCGCAGCUAGAUCACUUGGUGUGGCAUGGUGAUCGUUUGGUGAUUAUUGUGACCACGGAGUGUCGGAGUGUCGGAGUGUCGCCCGUCACUAACGGUGCGCCCAAAGUACCAAAAAUUAAUGACGCUCUUAGCGAAGUUAACGAGGCAAUCUAG